AUGGGAUGUGGGUCUGCUAAACCAAGUGAAGUAUAAGAAACAGAAUAAAUAAAAUCCUCUAAAAUUCAUUCAAGAACUCCCAGCUCAGUUUCAUUAAGCCAGACUGAAAUCGCUAAAUUAUACAGAAGAGGUUUUUCCAUAAAAAAUAUUAAUUAGCCAAUUAUCUCAUUAAAAAUGAGAAGUAUGAAUAAGCAACAAAGUUGUUAGAUCGAAUUUUAGAAACCGAUCCUGAUUUCAAUGAUGCUUAUUAUUCUAAAGGUAAAUUAUUGACUUUUUCGUAGGUAUUGUUGAAUUGGAUAAAAGGAACUUUGAAGGUGCAAAAAAAUUUUUCUAACUUACUCUCGAGAAAUAACCAAAUCACGCUCUUUCUCUCAAUGAAAUAGGUUUACACUUAUAUUUUAUAAAUUAGCUAGCUUAAUGAUAAAUGAGAAAUAAUAUAAAGAAGCCUUAAUUUAUUUAGAGAAAGGAUUUCAGGCUAAUCCUAAUAUACCAGACUUAAAUUAUGGUUUAGGUAUGUUAUAAUCAAAUUUUGAGGUUAUGUUUUAUCAAGAUUAGAAAGAAAAGAUGAUGCUAUUCGUUAUUUUGAUAUGGCGAUAUAAUUAGAUAACACUUAAAAACAUUAUUAUGUUAGUAAAGCAACUACUCUUUCAGAUUUAAAAUAAUUUGAUAUCGCUUUGAAUACAAUAUAAAAUGCCUUAAAAAUUGAUUAAAAUUAUAUUGAUGGGUAUUAGACAUAAGGUUAAUUAAUAUUUACAUUAUUCAGCAUACAUAUAUCGUUAAUCAUAACAAUAUGAUAAACUAGAAGAAGUUUGUGAUUAAAUUUUAAAAUUAAAUGACUAAAAUUAAUUCGCAUUAAAUUGCAAAAGAAAAAUUCAACAAAAUUCUUAAAAGUAAUCAAAAAUUCCAGAAGUUUUAAUGAGUGUGGAGGAUUAAAUAAGAGAAGGUAUAAUAAAAUACUAAGAUUUUAGUUUAGAAGUUACAAGGAGAAAAAAAGUACUCUUAAGCGUUGAGUCAUUUAAAUUAAAUAUUGGAAAAGAAUCCUGCUAAUUUAGAAGCUUUAAAAUUAAAAGCUCAAAUAUAAAUUCAAUUAAAAUAAUAAGCAGGCUCUCUUUUAACAUUGAAUUAAAUUCUCAGUAUUAAACCAAAUGAUAUUGAUUCAUUAAAAUAAAAGGGUAUAAGAAUUAAUCUUAACGAAAUAUAGUGAAAAUUUUAGAAUACAUGAACAAAAAUGAAGAAGUCUUGAUUUGCUACGAUGAAAUACUUGCUUAAGAAAAAGACUUUGAUUUAUUGGAAAAGAAAGGUCAAUUUUUUUAAUAUAUAUUUUAGCCUCUAUUUUGAUUAAGUUUGAUAGAAUUCAAGAAGCAUCUGAGAUUUAUGAAUAUUUAUAUUCAUAAUCAAAUUAGGAUGAUCCAAAGAUAUUUAUUAUUAGAGGUAUAUAAAAUUUAAUAUUCAGGUAAGUUACUUUAGGCAUAGAAAAAAUAUGAUGAUGCCAUUAUUUGUUUGAAUGAUGGAAUUAUUAAAUUUCCUUAAAAUAUAGAAAUUUUAAAUUUGUUAGCUUUAAUUUAUAAAAUUACAAAGAAUCUGUAAUAAGCGUUAGAAACUUAUGAUAAGAUUUUGAAUAUUCAACCUUAAAAUGAGAGUUGCUUAUAUGAAAAAGGUUUAAAUUAAUAUAAUUAAUUAGGUUUGAUAUUGUUUAAUUUAAAUAAUUUUAGUGAAUCAUUUUAUAUGUUUAUUUAGUUAAACAAAAGCGAAUAAGCAUAAAAUUUAGAUUAUUAUCUUGGAAUAUGUUACAAUGAAAAAAAGGAUUAUUUCAAUGCAUUAAAUCAUUUAAAUAUCUAUGUCAAAACAGGAAAAGACAAUUUAGAGAANAAUUAUGGUUUAGGUAUGUUAUAAUCAAAUUUUGAGGUUAUGUUUUAUCAAGAUUAGAAAGAAAAGAUGAUGCUAUUCGUUAUUUUGAUAUGGCGAUAUAAUUAGAUAACACUUAAAAACAUUAUUAUGUUAGUAAAGCAACUACUCUUUCAGAUUUAAAAUAAUUUGAUAUCGCUUUGAAUACAAUAUAAAAUGCCUUAAAAAUUGAUUAAAAUUAUAUUGAUGGGUAUUAGACAUAAGGUUAAUUAAUAUUUACAUUAUUCAGCAUACAUAUAUCGUUAAUCAUAACAAUAUGAUAAACUAGAAGAAGUUUGUGAUUAAAUUUUAAAAUUAAAUGACUAAAAUUAAUUCGCAUUAAAUUGCAAAAGAAAAAUUCAACAAAAUUCUUAAAAGUAAUCAAAAAUUCCAGAAGUUUUAAUGAGUGUGGAGGAUUAAAUAAGAGAAGGUAUAAUAAAAUACUAAGAUUUUAGUUUAGAAGUUACAAGGAGAAAAAAAGUACUCUUAAGCGUUGAGUCAUUUAAAUUAAAUAUUGGAAAAGAAUCCUGCUAAUUUAGAAGCUUUAAAAUUAAAAGCUCAAAUAUAAAUUCAAUUAAAAUAAUAAGCAGGCUCUCUUUUAACAUUGAAUUAAAUUCUCAGUAUUAAACCAAAUGAUAUUGAUUCAUUAAAAUAAAAGGGUAUAAGAAUUAAUCUUAACGAAAUAUAGUGAAAAUUUUAGAAUACAUGAACAAAAAUGAAGAAGUCUUGAUUUGCUACGAUGAAAUACUUGCUUAAGAAAAAGACUUUGAUUUAUUGGAAAAGAAAGGUCAAUUUUUUUAAUAUAUAUUUUAGCCUCUAUUUUGAUUAAGUUUGAUAGAAUUCAAGAAGCAUCUGAGAUUUAUGAAUAUUUAUAUUCAUAAUCAAAUUAGGAUGAUCCAAAGAUAUUUAUUAUUAGAGGUAUAUAAAAUUUAAUAUUCAGGUAAGUUACUUUAGGCAUAGAAAAAAUAUGAUGAUGCCAUUAUUUGUUUGAAUGAUGGAAUUAUUAAAUUUCCUUAAAAUAUAGAAAUUUUAAAUUUGUUAGCUUUAAUUUAUAAAAUUACAAAGAAUCUGUAAUAAGCGUUAGAAACUUAUGAUAAGAUUUUGAAUAUUCAACCUUAAAAUGAGAGUUGCUUAUAUGAAAAAGGUUUAAAUUAAUAUAAUUAAUUAGGUUUGAUAUUGUUUAAUUUAAAUAAUUUUAGUGAAUCAUUUUAUAUGUUUAUUUAGUUAAACAAAAGCGAAUAAGCAUAAAAUUUAGAUUAUUAUCUUGGAAUAUGUUACAAUGAAAAAAAGGAUUAUUUCAAUGCAUUAAAUCAUUUAAAUAUCUAUGUCAAAACAGGAAAAGACAAUUUAGAGAAGGUUUACUAAAUUGUAAUCAUUUCAUAAUAAUAUAGAUGGGAUAAGCUAAUCUAUUUUUAUUGAAGUUUGAUGAAGCUAUUGAAAAUUAUUUAAAUUGCAUUAAAAUUAAUCCUAAUAAUGCUGAAGCACAUUAUUAACUUGGAAAUGUAUACAAAUAAGAUAAAUUAUUGGAUGAAGCCAAAAAUUCUUUUGAAGAAGCAGUGAAAAUUUAACCUCAAAACAAUUUAUAUAAAUAAGCAUUAGGUAAUUAUAAUAUUAAUUGUUUUUAGACAAUUUAAUAAAUGAAAAAUCAUUUCUAUAAGAAUAUAGAAAUAGUCUUCUUUUUACGCUGAUAAUAUUUAUUGGAUGUUGUUAAUUAGACCCAAAAUCUUAAGAUUUUGAGAAAAAGUAAAAUGAAAAAUAUUUAAUUCUAUUAACAUUGAUGGAAGCUCAUUUAAAAAAAAGAUUCAACACUUUAGAGAAACAUUUCGAAUAAAUAAAAUAAUUAAUUGGAUUAUCUUAUGAUAUGAAACUAACUUUAAUUGAUGAUACAUUGUUUCCUAUUAUGUAAUUUUGGCAUAAUAAUAAAAUUUGUAAAAGAAAAAAAGACAAUAAUGAUUUAGUUGUUUCAAUGAUAAAUGCUGUCAAAUCAAUUAUUAAUUCAAAUAACGAAAAGAUUUUAAAUUUGAUUCAAAGUGAAAAAUCUUUAGAUAAUCGAUAUUGUCUUGAAUUUUUAUAGAAAUGUCAACAUGAAUCAUAUAAAAAGAAAAGUGGUAAAUUAGGGUUGUUAGAUGGAAUAAAAAUACUUGGUUUUUUAAUUAAAUAUCAAAAAGAAUUCACUUCUGAAACAUAGAGUUUCCCUGAAUUCAUUGCAAACAAAUACUUAGUUGAUGAAAUACAAAUAUUUCAUGACUCAUAUUAUCAUUAAAACGUUUGA